AUGUUUGAUACUUUUUUCAUGAAACAAAAUGAAAUUAUUAGAUAUCAGAAGUGUCGAAUUCAAAUAUAGUAUAAAUUUCUAUAAAAUUUUAUUAUUUUAAUUAAAAAUCUACAUAAAAUAAUCCAUUCCUUCUNUGAAGAUUAUUUAAUCUUUCAUAGUCUGAUACUUGAUAAUAAAUAUACAAAUUAUUAAAGAUCCUACAUUAAAUUAUUGACUAUCUUAAGUAAGAUUGGAGGUUUAUGGUAAUUAAUAUUUAUAACCUUUGGGAUUAUAUCUAAACCAUUUAUUUUAACUGAAAUGAAAAUCAAUUUAGCAAAUAAAUUAUUUAGAUUUUAGUAAGAGGAAAAUGAUCUUACUUAAAGUAUAAAGAAAGAGGGUAGUAUGAAAUAGAAUUUAGAAAAAUAUUUGUAAAAAUCAUAAUAACAAUUGCCAAAUACAAUAUCAAAUAUUCUACUAUUUUUAUUUGGAUGCAACAAGGCAAAAAUAAAAUAAUUGAAUUAAGCAAAUAAGAAAAUUUAAGAAAAUUUAGAUAUAGUUGAAAUAAUGAGAAGAUUUUAGGAAUUUGAUAAUUUCAAAUAAAUAAUUUUGACAGUUAAUUAGAGAAUUUUAUUUGAUCUUAUUCCGAUACCAUUAAUAACUAGUUUUCAUUAAAAUCAAAUUGAUUCAGAUUAAUUCAAAAGUAAUAAGAUAGAUUAAUAUAGAUUAACAUCAUUCAAAAGAUAAUUUUGAAAGAUUUGUUGAAGCUUAUAAAUCAUUUUUUUUAAUUCGUGAUAUGACUGAGAUCCCUGAAAAUAUUGGAUAAAAAUUAAUUAAAUUUUUAGAUUAAGACAUGAUUAAACUAUUUUAUGAAUAUCAUUUAGAUUCUGAAUAAAGAUAGGUAUUCUAAUUAUAAUCAGAAGAGAGAAAAUCUAAAAUUAUAGUUGAUAGAAAUUAUCUAGAUUCUGAGUCAAAAUUAAGUCUCUCUCCAUGUAAUUCAAAGAGUUAAGAAGUUCAAGCUGUUAAAAUUUUUCUUAAUAAUUAAUAAAUUAAAAGAAAAUUUGAAAAUUUAUAAGUUUGA